AGUUUGCGCCAGCGUAUAAGCUUGCAAUAAAUGAACUUGACUUGGAUCUGCGGCAAAAAUGUCCAUGAUCAUUGAGAAGGUUCUACGUUUGAGUUAACACCGGUUUGUGUCUCUUGGAAUAUGACACCAAGUGUCUAUUAAAAAAGAAAAAAAAAACAUAAAAAACAACUAGUUUAAUCCCUCAUAAUUAUACAUUAAAUUAUUUUUCUAAAAAUAAUAAUUUUCAUAAUAAAAAAAGCAUUAUUCAAACGAAAACCAAUAAAACAAAAAUUUAAAAGUUAUCAUUACAACAAUAGCAAUAAUAAUAAUAAUAAAAAACGGUGAUAAUAUAUAAUAAAAAUAAUAAAAAAAAUAUAAUAGUUGAUUGUUGAAGUUGAAAAAAAACCAAGAGUGGAUAAAAUAAGGAAAACGGUUUUACAAAUUAAUUUAUUGUCAUUAUGGGGAAACAGGUGCCGGUGGAAGAUUUGGUGAUACCGCCACAGGAUGGACGUAUAUGUGGUACAAUAUGUUUAUGUCAGAUGACAGUUGUACUAUCAUCAGUUGCCUUGGUUUAUUUAACAGUUGCUGUUUAUAUGCCAUCAACUCGUGCAUUUGCAUCUGGUAUAACACCAGUACCAGUAAUGUGCACAACAAUACGCACAGUUAUGGCUGAUACAUGUGAUUGGGGUAGUUGUGGUGAAUGGUGUUUAUCAAAAACAUCUGGUUCAUGUGCCCAAAUACAUGUUAAUUUACGUAAAAAUGGUACAACAAUAUUACUUGGUAAUUGUACAAAUACAACAAAUAAAACAUGUUAUGGUAUUGAUCAAGAAGCAGCUAAAAAAUCAAAAUGUAUUGCUGAUGAAUGUAAAAAUUUAACUGGUACAUUUAAUUGUACUGCUGGUGUAUGUAUUAAUAUAACAGAUGCAUUUGAAUGUGCAUUUAGAGAUACAGAUCCACCAUUAAAGUGUUCUGGUAAACGUGGUAAAAUAACAUGUAUUGCUAUUGAUGGUUUAUUUAAUUGUAAUCGUGGUACAUGUGAACGUAUACGUACACCAUAUAAUUGUGAUCGUAGAUGUGUUGAUAUACCAACAAGAAAUAAAAAUGUUAUAUUAUUAAGUGGUGAUAAAGUUUAUUUAAGUCAAUGUGAAAGAGCAAUUGAUGUUGAUAGUAAUAAAGAAAUAUGGAAUGAUGAACGUGAUGAUGUUAUGAUGGCAUCAUGUUAUGAUAUUAUUAAUUCAAGUAUUGGUGUUGAGGCUGUUGAUUGUAUUAAUGGUUCUGUACUUGAAAAAAAUAUGUUAACUGAUUUAACAAAUUUUACAUAUUUAUCAUAUUUAAAUAUAUAUGAAACAAAACCAUUGGAUAAAACUGGUUUAUUUAUACCACCAGAACAAGAUCUUAUUAUUGCAAAUGAAAGUCGUUUAUUAAUUAAUUUAGAGGGUUGUGUUAAUACAUUACGUGAUGAAUGUCGUGAUUUUUUAUUGUCAUAUGGUAGAGAUGGUUCUGAUCAUAAUGCAAGAGCACGUUUUCCAUGUUUUUAUGCUAAAAAAAAAACUGCUGUUGUUGUUACAAGAUUUGAUCUUGAUGCAACAUGGAAAGAAUUUUUAAUUGCAUUUAUUGUACCAAGUGUGCUAUUUGUUAUCAGUUGUUUAACUUUAAUUCUUUGUCAACGUACUGUUGUUGUUGGUGAUGAUGCUAAAAUGAGAUUUAAAGGACAAGCUAUUUUAACUGAUAUUGAUAAAAAUAAUUGUGAUUUGGGUGAUGGUGGUGGUGAUUCUGUUAUGGCACUUUGAGAUCCGUCACGCAUUCCCCUCUUGGAGGAGAGCCCAGCUCGUCAAUCGAUAUUCUCCCUACGUGGGCACUAUUAAAAAUUAAAAAAAAAAAUAUUUAAGUGCAAGAAAACGGGCGGGGACAAUAAGAAUAAAGGGGCAAAAAAUAAAAAAAAAAAAGUGGGGAAAGCGUGAUUAAAUAAAUUGUUAUCAAAAAUCUUUGAAUAAAAAAAAAAAAAAAUUACAGGAAAAAAAA